AUGUGUGACGCUGUCGGCUCCAAAUCAUCGUCUGUACAAAAACUAGGAAUGUUUUAUUGGAUGCAUGAUAAUGUAUCGCCUGCACAUAGGUCACAAUUAAAAUUUAUAAAUUUAUGUGGUAUUGUGUCGAAUCCAAAUGUAAACAUUUAUGGAAUGAACAUGAUUCUUCAACAUCUGGUCAACGACUUUAAAAAACUUGAAGAUGGCCUUGCCUUGGCAGACGGUGAGGUAAUUUAUGGGACAUUGUCAACGAUACUUGGUGAUAAUCUUGGUAUACAAAAAUUAUGCGGUUUCCGAGAUUCUUUCAGUGCUCUUCACCCUUGCCGUGUAUGUAAUGCUACAAUGGAUCAAAUUAAAAUUAUGUGCACAGAAGAUGCUAGCUUAAUUCGUUCACAGGAGGAGCACGCAAGACAAGUUCAAGAAAUUGAAGAUGCCAUUGAUGAACGAAGCAAAGCUGCUUUGAGAACACGAUAUGGUAUUAACCGAAUAACCGUGCUCACCGAAAUUGAAAGUUUUGAUCCAACAGUGACACCCCCGGAUUUGACUCAUGACGAUUGGUUGGGAAUUUGCGUAAUAACAACGAAGUUGUUUUUAAAAGAGCUUUGUCUAACGUUGAAUUUAAUGACGAUUGAAGAACUCAACCAAAGAAUAGCUGAGUUUGAUUAUGGCUAUACAGAAAAAUCUUCAAAACCGUCACCCAUCACAGAAAGUCGUUUACAAGAUCCAAUGAAAGGCUUAAAGCAGACAGCCUCACAAAUGGCACAACUGGUGACAAUGCUGCCUUUAAUUAUUUCGAAUAAAGUUGUUGCAGGCUGGCCUCCGUUGGAAAACUAUUUGAAAAUGUUGGAAAUUAUCUUGAUAUCUCACGCAGAUAAAAUCGAAUCUUCAAUCUUAGGUUACUUAGACAGCUGUAUAUCUGAAUACCUUGAGACAUUCCAGGCGACUUAUCAAAGGCAUUUGACUCCAAAGCAGCAUUUUUUAUUACAUAGAAUAAGAGCGAUCAUGAGAUUUGGACCUUUAGAACAAUAUUCAACCAUGAGAUGUGAAGCAAAACAUCAAUUUUUUAAACGAAUUACACAAUGUAUGCGGAAUUAUAAAAAUCUACCACUGACUCUAGCUAAAAAGCAUCAAUUACAUCAGGCAUACGUUUUAACUGGAACAUUAGAGCGAGAGAUAACAAAAGGUCCAACAAAGUGGGUUCCUAUCGAUUUGCUACCAUUUAAUGAAUUAUUUCCAAAUGCUAGACGUCUCCAAUUAGCUAACUGGAUAAAAGUAAAUGGCAUAAAAUACGUUUCUUUGAAGUGCUUUUUAGCUACACGUUAUAGUGACUGUAAUAUGCCCGAGUUUGUAGCUUUACACUCUAUUGUUUGGAGGGAUGAUGAUCCAAUUUUCGUAUGUUGCACAGUAAGAACUAUUUUGCACAAUGUGCUACUAAUGGCAUAUGAAAUUGAAAUUGAUGUAAAUUACGUGUGCUUGUCGAUUGACAAUUUGUUGUCAGUGGAAGUAUUCCAUGCACACCGCUGGAAUAAUCGUCAAUUCAUCAUAUUGAAAAAAGCUCUUGGCAAUCUACACUAA